GUCUAGUCAGAAGUUGUGGGAUUUGGGGGGAAAAUAAAUACCUAAACUCAUGCAACCAGAGGUGGAGGAGAGAGGGCACUGGGGGAGUAAGGUGGAGUUUCUCCUGGCUGUGGGGGGACAUGUUGUCGGCCUCGGCAAUGUCUGGAGGUUUCCAUACCUCUGCUACAAAAAUGGAGGCGGUGCAUUUUUGGUGCCUUAUCUGGUUUUUGCGGUGACCUGUGGAGUUCCUCUGUUCCUGCUGGAGACAGUCCUAGGGCAGUACACUCAGGAGGGUGGCAUCACCUGCUGGAGGAAGCUGUGUCCUCUAGCUGAAGGUAUAGGUUAUGGUGGGCAGCUGAUCCUCUUCUACAGCUGUAUGACUUACAUCAUUAUUCUCUCUUGGGCUCUGCUUUACCUCGUGUUCUCCUUCAGCUCCCAGCUCCCCUGGGCCAGCUGCAGCAACUACUGGAACACGGAUGUGUGUUUAGACUUUUCAGCAAGAAAUGAGACAGUUCCGUGGACCAACAGGACAGAUUCGACCUCAGCGGCUACAGAAUUCUGGGAACAGCGAGUGCUGGCCAUCUCAGGGGGGAUCGAGGAGUUGGGCUCGGUCAGGUGGGAGGUGCUGCUGUGUCUUGUUGUGAUGUGGGUGAUCUGUUACUUUUGCAUCUGGAAAGGGGUCAAGUCCACAGGAAAGGUGGUGUAUUUUACUGCCACCUUCCCCUACAUGAUGCUGUUUAUACUUCUGAUUCGAGGACUCACUCUACCCGGAGCUCUUGAAGGAGUGAUGUUUUAUCUUCUGCCUGAUCCAUCACGGCUCACAGACCCUCAGGUGUGGAUGGAAGCUGGGGCUCAGAUUUUCUUCUCAUACAGUGUUGGAGUGGGAUCCCUGACUGUUUUAGGCAGUUAUAACAAAUACAACAACAACUGCUACAGAGACUGCCUGUGGCUGUGUCUACUGAACAGUGCUACCAGUUUCAUAGCCGGGUUUGCAGUCUUCUCUGUGCUGGGAUUCAUGGCUCAUGAGCAAGGCAUUCCCAUUGAAGAGGUGGCUGAAUCAGGUCCAGGCUUGGCGUUCAUUGCAUACCCUCAGGCUGUAGCCAUGAUGCCUGUACCCCAACUGUGGUCCAUCUGCUUCUUCAUCAUGCUCAUCCUCUUGGGCCUGGACACACAAUUUGUGGCCAUGGAGGCGAUGAUAACGUCCAUCAUAGACAUGUUUCCAAGUCUGAUGCGCAGAGCUGGACGACGGGAGAGAUUCCUCCUCCUUUUCUGCCUCAUUUGCUUCUUCUCUCAGCUUGUCAUGAUCACUGAAGGAGGGAUGUAUGUAUUCCAGAUGUUUGACUACUAUGCGUGUAAUGGAGCCUGCAUCCUCUUCCUCAGUGUGUUUGAAACUUUGGCUCUUGGAUGGGUGUUUGGAGCAGAGCGGUUGUAUGGCAUCAUAAAGGAGAUGACGGGCGAGAACAUCAGCUCAUACUUCAGAGUCUGCUGGCUCUACCUCACACCGCUGGUCUCACUGGGAUCUUUUAUAUAUUCUUUAGUUGAGUACCAACCUCUGACCUUCAAUCGCUGGUAUGUGUACCCAUCCUGGGCCUAUGUACUGGGCUGGAUAAUGGCACUCUCUUCAAUCCUGCUAGUACCAGGAUGGGCAAUCUACAAACUGGGCACUGGGACUGGUGCCCUCAGUCAGCGGCUCCACUGCCUGAGCAAACCUGUUCUUGAUAUUUCACCAAUCAAAGCUAAAGGAGCAGAGCUGCAGGGUGGGGGGGCUGAAGAGCUGCAGGUGUUCACUUCCAGAGACUGUUCUGAACCUAAACAUGUGUCCAAAAGAUAAAAACCGGCACUGACUGUACAAGUGCUAGUGUUGUCGCGUUUUGUUUGCACAAGUGCCGGUCAUAAAAAUAGAAUUCGUUAAGAUUAUUACACACCGACUGAUAUGUUUCAAAUGUUUGUUUUCUUAAUGUUGAUGAUUAUUACUGACAACUAAUGCAAAUCCUGAAUUCAGUAUCUCAGAAUAUUAGAACAAUAAUUAAGUCUAAUGCAAGAAAAGGAAUUUCAGAAAUGUUGGCAAACUGAAAAGAAGGAGUACGUAUACAGCACUCAAUAUUUAGUUGGGCUCCUUUGGCCUGGAUUACUGCAGCACAGAUUAAUCUGUGGCACUGCUCAGGUUUUAUAAGAGCCCAUGUUGUGCUGAUAGUGGCCUUGAGCUCUUCUGAAUUGUUGGGUCUGGCAUAUUACAUCUUCCUCUUCACAAUACUCCAUACAUUUUCUAUGGGAUUAGGAUCAGGCGUGUUUGCUGGCCAACCAAGAGCUAUGGAUACCAUGGUGCUUAAACCAGGUACUGGCAGCUUUGACGCUGUGUGCAGAUGUCAAGUCCUGUUGGAAAAUCAGAAUCUCCAUAAAGUUGGUCAGUAGCAGGAAGCAUGUAGUGCUCUAAAACCACCUGGUAGAUGGCUACGUCGACCUUUGACCUUAGAAAACACAAUGAACCAUCACCAGCAGAUGACAUGGCGCCCCAAACCAUCACUGAAACUUUACACAGGACCGCUAGCAACAUGGAUUCUGUUCCUCUUCUCUCGUUCUCCAGACUCUGGGACCUUGAUUUCCAAAGGAAAUGCAAAUUUUACUUUAACCAGAGAACAUAACUCAGGACCACUCAGCAACAGUCCAGUCCUUUAUGUCUUUAGCCGAGGCGAGACACUUCUGACGCUGUCUAGUGUUCAAGAGUGGCUUGACACAAGGAAAGCGACAGCUGAAACCAGGUCUUGGAAUAGACUUUAUUGAUCCCACAGUGGGGAAUUUCACUUGUUACAGCAGCACCAACACGUAAGAGAAUAAUUAGAAGAAAAAUAAUAACAACGGUUCAUGUGCACACACAUCAGCAGAAGUCUAGUAUUGUAACCCUCAACCACUAAAAACCACAAAUAAAAAAUGACAAACUUGGGUUCCAGCACUGUAAGGGACACAGAUGUACUAUGUUAAUCAGGUAUUGCACAGGUAUUGAACACAUACUGAAUAUUACAUUAAUGUUAUAUUGUGUAACAAGAUAAUGCCGGUACCAGUUUAACGGGGGAGUUAAACUACAGAGGGGAUGAAUGACCUACGGUAGCCUGCUGUUUUACAUCUGGGAUGUCUCAGUCUGCCUCUGUAGGAGCUGUCCAUGGUCUCCAGUGGGAUGCAGUGGGUGGGAGGUUUUUUUUUUUUAAAAAGAUGGAGGUCAUCUUCCCCAGCAGUGUUGCACAUGUCUUUGCAUGAUCGUUCUUGAAGCACUGACUCCAGCUGCAGUCCAUUCUUUGUGAGUCUCCCCCUCAUUCUGAAUGGGUUUUGUUUCACAAUCCUCUCCAGGGUGAGGUUAUCUCUCUUACUUUUUCAUGUUUUUCUACCACAUCUUGUCCUUCACCUGUCUAUUAAUGUGCUUGGACACAGAGCUCUGUGAACAGCCAGCCUCUCUAGCGAUGACCUUUUGUGUCUUGACUUCCUUGAUCAAGGUGUCGAUGGUAGAGACGACAGCUGCAGACCAGUCGGUGUGGAUCUGCGGUCUUCAGGUCAGCAGCCGUACCUGUCUCGCUAUGGCCAGCAGCUUAUGGCAGACUGUUGCAACAAAUAUUUUACCAAAAUUACUAGCGCGACCUCUGGACAUCUUUUUUCUAAGAGCUAAAAUUAAUAGAAAAUUUCACCUAGUAAAAAAUUACACCCAAGAUAUGUUGUCCAGUACAAAAAUACAAAAAUUCUGCCCCAUCAGGCUUUGUCAGAGGACAUAUCGGGUGCUGUAACGCCUUGCAUGAUGGGAUAGCUAGGUGUAUAAACAAUGGGAACAUUAGUCGCUGUGUGUGUUGUGAGCUUAUAAACCUGCAGAAAAUGGUACACUUGUGCUGUGUGAAGGGCUGCUAUGCCAGAUGACACAAUUACAAGAAGCAAAAUAACGACAGAUGUAGCAGCUGUACCUAAAAUACUCUGAUGUUAUUCACUGGUUUUACGUUCCAUUAUAGUUGAGCAGGUGCGGCUUCUUGACGCGCGUCUGCGUUUGGAACAUGUUUAAAUGGUUCUGGAAAUAGAUCUUUGUUAUUAAACUUUGUACUGACAGAAACUUUCCAAUAAACAAUGUUGAAAAGGUAAGAAAAGGGUUCUAGUUCUUUAUUUUUCCCCGUUUAUAGUCACGGAGUUAAUGGCGCAGCUCUGUUGAGUUAGUUUCUCUGUAGCUUUGCAACAAUCUUCACAAGAAGGCAAAAAGGUUGAACGUAGGCAGGGGUCGUGUUGCCGCUUUUGUUUUUAGAUGGAAACAUCUCAAGGCUGUUAGUCAUUCUGACAGACUGGUAGUACUCUGACGCAUACAGGUGCGCAGACAUUUUAAACGUUACAGAGAACAUCGCAGAGGUAACAACACAACCAAAUAAAGAUUCCCAUCAGAACAUCUGCACAUUAUCUCAGUCAGAUGAUCAGUGCAGCUCGCCGUCAGUGCGCUGAGGAGUCCGUGGGUCACAGGCCAGCAGCAGAACCAGAACUCAGCAGGUAAAAUAUUCCUACUUUAAGUGAAAUUGUUUAAUUGUAACAUUAAUAUGUUGAUGUCUGGACACGCUGGUCAGCUUGUUUAGACUAAAAAUGUAAAAUGAAUUUUAUUUGAGAAAAAACAGGAAAUGACUGUCGACCAAAAUGAAAACAUGUCUAACGCAACCUCUGAAUGUAGGUAUUGUUUCUGCACCUGCUUGUAACAAACUUUCUAUUACUGUUCUAUCCCUCGUGCUUUGAGAUUACUGCAGCCAUUAUUCAAAUUGCUGAUGUGCAUUAGUUUCUCUCUUUAAAUUGAUAUGCUCCUUUCUCACAUUUUCCCUUCAGGGGUCACCACAGCAAAUAAUCCGUCUCCAUUUAGUCUACCCUCACAUCCUCCAGCUGUGCAUCAUUAAUGAAUCUUUUGGUCUUCUCACCCUCCUGCCUGGUAGCUGCAGCCUCA